AUGAGCCGGUGGCGUCACUCAGUGGACGAGCUGGCAGCGCGGCGCCGGCAGCAGGGCGAGUGCGAGCGCGCUCAGGAGGCGCUCAGUCGGGUCACUUCCUGUUUCCAACAGCUGGCGGCGUCGCUCGGCAGCUCAGCUGACUGCAGCUUCCUGAGGGACGAGAUGGACGAGACCAGGGCGCUCGCUCACCGGAUCUGCUGCGGUCUGUCUCGGCGCCUGAUGCGUCUGCUGUCAGGCACUGACCCCCCCCCCUCGGAGGACAGACAGGUGUCGGAGCGUCUCUUGGUUCUCUUACUCUCAGCGCUGGAGAACUUCCUGUCUGACCUCUGCAAAGCGAGCGAUCUGAUUGGACAGUUCCCUCUGACUCAGCGCUACGACAGACGCUCGCUGGUGAACACAGGGUGCAUGGAUGGUGUGGUGGGCGUGGCCGCUCGGGUGGCAUUAGUCCAGGUGCCCUGGCUCACCUUAGAGGAGGAGUCAAGUCCUGAUCUAACCAAUCACAUCGCUGGACUGGAGACGAUGCUGCGCGAGAUGCAACUGAGGGUGCCUGUGGCGUUUUGGUCUGUGGAGGCGACUCAGCCGGCCUGGGUCGAAGGUCGCGGGGAGGUGGACGAGCCACAUGACAGCCUGGAGGAUCUGAUGGAGGUCGAGGUCGUUGCCAACAACAUGGCCGCCUGCUGCCAGCCGCCGUGCUGUGGACUGGGCUGUGUUGGGUAG